AUGGCCAUCUUGGUUCAAAGUAAUGGUACUACCAACAGUUCGCCCUAUACAUGCCUGGCUGACAAGGACAAGCCCGAGGCCAGUUGCGUACGCAGCGAUAAGGAUGAUCAAGGAGCUCUCACCUAUUUUGGUGGAAGUCGCAAAGAAGCCUUCAACAGAUACUGCUUGUUGCGCAACCGGCACUACACCUUUGGUUUGUCCCCACACCAUUUCAUGUAA